UAUCUCUGCAAAUUUCUCCUUUCCCUUCCGCUGGGCUAAGGUUUAUAUUAUUACUUCGAUACUUCGAUUCCAUCACCCGCUGCUCCCACUCUCUCUCUCACUCUCUUUCUGAACCUCGGGCACCGCAGCGGAGAGGGAUCAGCUCUCCGACGAUGGCGCCGCCGACGACCGCUGCAGUAGAAGGAGCUCAACCGGCCCAGGGGAGACAACAGCAGCAGCAAGGUGGCUUUGGACAAACUAUCACCGGAAUUAUUCGGAUGGCUGUCUUUUGGUAUUUCGCUUCCAAAUUCUUCUCUCCCAAGAGACCCACCGAACCUGCUGCUCUCAUGUCUAAUCUCUUCCAGAGAGGCGAACCGUUGGAUAUGUGGCUAUAUCUCUCAGAGCAUGAGAAGUUCAAUGACUUUGGCAGUGAAAAUGCUCUUGUGUGGCAUGAAACCAAUAUACCAUAUGCUGUUUGGGGACCUGAGAGUACCCGAUCUCUUUCUUUGAAGUAUCGCCCAUCUGAGGAUCUGAAGCACAAUGGGAGUCUAUAUGCUCAUGUUUUCUUUGCACGUUCUGGAUAUUCACCUGACCCAAAUGAUCCAGAAUACCAGCCUCAAGCAGCAUUUGGAAGGACACAUCCUGUUGUGAUAUACUUGCCGAAGUCAAAAGCAGAUAAAAGAAGGAGUCUUUUGGGCAGUUCAGAAGAUUCCAGUGAGGGUCAAGUGGCAUCUGAGGUUGAUGACACCCAAGAUAAUUUAAAGGACGAUGGCCCUGUGGAAUGGGCUUCUUAUUGGAAACCAAAUAUUACAAUAAACUUGGUUGAUGACUUCUCAGGGUACCCAAAAAAGGGUGCGCCACCAAAUAUUGCUCCAUACUUGAACAUUGAUCCUAUCUCUGAGGACUACUAUCCAAUUGUUUUUUUCAAUGAAUUCUGGUUACUCAGGGAUAAAUUGAUGCCUGUAAAUGAGACGGUAACUGAGUUACCUCUUCAUUUAGAGGUAGGUCCCAUUAGCAUGACAAAGUGGCAACUAUUCCUGCAGGUUGAUCAGUCCUUCCAGAUUCACCGUAGUUAUGGAAGCAUGCUUGAAGGCGAGGGUGAUGAGCUGAAGAGGGUAUUCUUGGAAGGAAAUCCUUACCUUUUGGCAGUUACCAUGGUUGUUUCUCUGCUUCAUUCAGUUUUUGACUUUCUGGCUUUCAAGAACGACAUUCAAUUUUGGAACAAAAAUAAGUCUAUGGAAGGACUCUCUGCAAAAUCUGUUGUUGUUAGCUUUAUUUCUCAGCUUAUUGUCUUCCUUUAUCUGCUUGACAAUGACACUUCGUGGAUGAUACUUGCGAGUUCUGGCAUUGGCUGCAUAAUUGAAUUCUGGAAAAUUGGGAAAGCCAUGCAUAUUGAGGUUGAUAGGACUGGGAGGAUACCAAUGUUGAAGUUCCGAGAUCGAGAAUCAUAUGUACGGAAUAAGACUAAGGAAUAUGAUGACAUUGCAAUUAAGUAUUUGUCCUAUGUCAUGCUUUUCCUUGCUGCAUGCUUCUCAGUUUACUCAUUGAAGUAUGAACGCCACAAGAGCUGGUAUUCUUGGAUUCUGUCUUCACUUACAAGUUGUGUAUACAUGUUUGGUUUUAUCAUGAUGUGUCCUCAGCUGUUCAUCAACUACAAGCUUAAAUCUGUUGCUCAUCUUCCUUGGAGGCAGAUGACUUACAAGUUUCUCAACACGAUCAUUGAUGAUCUUUUUGCCUUUGUCAUUAAAAUGCCAACAUUACAUCGGCUGUCUGUUUUCCGUGAUGAUGUCAUCUUUCUCAUAUAUUUAUACCAAAGGUGGAUUUAUCCAGUGGACAAGAAGCGUAUUAAUGAAUUUGGUUUUGGAGGUGAGGAUGACCAGGCUGCAGAUGCUGCAUUAGUAGACGCUGCAAAGGAGGAGGAGAAGAAAACUAACUGAAAAGUUUUCUAGCAACUACGUUAGAAAAUUUCACAGUAAACUGUGUAGAAUGUAAUGGGGAAUUAACUAGUUUUUCACCUUCCCUUUUAUUUUAUUUUAUUUUUUUUUUUACUGUUUUGUUUUCUCCCCAAGGCUUAAAGGCUUUUAGUCGGGCCUUCACUUCCAAAUGCUUGCUAGCGACAGCUCAGUUUUUUCAGUUUUCGUGUUAACCCUUAACAAUGAUGUGUAUACCUAGUCAUUUCUAUUAUUUAUGAACUAUGAAUUGUUUAAUGCAUAUUUUGUGU